AUGGCGGCGCCCAGGUGCGGGAGGCUGGUGCUCCGCCGGCAGGGCCUGUCGCUGCACACGGCGGCCGGGACCUCCACGCGGGCUCCACAGGUCGCCCUGGCAGAGGUCGCGGCGGCCCCCGUCGCCAAGUAUCCGCCGAUCGUGGCCUCCCUCACGGCUGACAGCAAAGCGGCCCGGCAGAGGCGGGUGGAGCGAUGGCAGGCGAGCGUCCACGCGGCCGAGUCGGCGGACGCGAAGAUGCGCAUCCUCACCAAGAUGCAGUUCAUGAAGUACGUGGUCUACCCGCAGACCUUCUCCCUGAACGCCGACCGCUGGUAUCAGGGCUUCACCAAGACCGUGUUCCUGUCGGGCCUGCCGCCGGCCGCGCAGCCGCGCCCGCGCCCGGGCCUGGACGUGGCGGGCCUGCGCUCCGCCGUGUGCGACGCCCUCCUGCAGGAGCGCUUCUUCCUGCGGCGCAGGGGCCGCGCGCCGCUCUACCGCGAGCAGGAGGCGCUCGCCUCGCCCUUCCUGGACCAGCUGGUCGCCGCCCUCGUGGGUCUGCUCGGGCCGCACAACCCCGCCCUGGCCGCUGCCGCCCUAGAUUAUAAACGUCCAGUUCACUUCUACUGGUUGCGAGGUGAAGAAAUUAUCACUCACGGUCAUCGGAAAGGCCGAGUUGAUGCUCUGCGAUACCAAAUAAACGAUAAGCCACACAACCAGAUCCGGGUAUCCAGACAGCUCCCCGAGUUUGUGCCACUGGAUUAUUCUGUUCCUGUAGAAAUCCCCGUUAUGAAUUGUAAACCAGAUAAACUCCCAUUAUUCAAGCGACAAUAUGAAAACACAAUAUUUAUUGGCUCAAAGACAGCAGAUCCUAACUGUUACGGCCAUACCCAGCUUCAUUUGCUAUCUGACAAAUUUAAAAGGGAGAGACUUUUGAAAAAAAACUGUGCUGAUCAGGUAGAAGUUGUCUUUAGAGCAAAUGCUAUUGCAAGCCUCUUUGCUUGGACUGGAGCACAAGCUAUGUAUCAAGGCUUCUGGAGUGAAGCAGAUGUUACCCGACCUUUUGUAUCCCAGGGCAUAAUCACCGAUGGAAAAUACUUUUCCUUUUUCUGUUACCAGUUAAAUACUGUGGCACUUACUGCACAGGCUGAUCAAAAUAACCCUCGGAAAAACAUAUGCUGGGGAACACAAAGUAAACCUCUGUAUGAGGCCAUCGAAGGUGACGAUGUCAAAGGUUUUGACGAUGACGUUCUGCUUCAGAUAGUUCACUUUCUGCUGAACAGACCAGGAGAAGACCGGCCGUUACUGUCGGGGAGCCAGGAGAAAGCACUUGCUUCGUGACGUUGGCGGCGGUGAAAUUUCAGUAGAAGGAAUUUUGAUGAGGCCUGUUAAGUACUUUGGUUUUGAGAAAGAAUUUUCCUCAAUCUGUAACGAAAGCUCCCGUUCUGUUAAAAUAAACACUUCAUUUAUAAAA